GUCACGUCACCUCUCCUGAAGGGCCCUUGCUUGUCUGUUUUUUUUCUUUUGUUUUUUUUUUUUUUCUUGUGCCUUGCGGAGACCUUCUCGAUACCUGCAUUCGACCAUCCGGCAUGGCAGGCCCGGGAGGUGGUCCUCCUCGAAAGAGUCAUACAAAAUCAAGGAAUGGCUGCAAAACCUGCAAGAAGAGACAUAUUCGUUGUGAUGAAACCUUUCCUCAAUGUCGGAACUGCACAAAACAUAACUGCCGCUGCGACUAUAUGGAUAAUACAGUGGUAACCGAGGGAGCAUCCAGGAGUCAAAGGGCCCCCGAUCUCCUCAUGUCCCCAGAAAUUGAAAUGGAAAUCGAGAAUUGGCGGAGAACAGGGAUCUGUCCAUUUACGGAGCUCUCACAUCUGUGCCCAGAAAAUGGCUGGCACCAUUUCUCCCACAUUGAGCUAAGGCUGAUUCACCACAUUGCUGGGCUUUCAGUGGACUUGCAUCGGCAAGGGUAUAGUGGUGUAACCGUAUGGGCGCAGAGGAUGCCUCACUUCUUGGCUAUUGGCAUUUCGAAUGACUUCGUUAUGAGCUCCAUUCUUGCACUUUCAGCAUCCCAUCUCGCAUGGAUAACCAAAGACCGGGAGACAGACAAUUUGGCCUACCACCACCGUGGUGUAGCCAUCAAAGGACUGCAAGGGGCUAUAGGCGCUUUCUCAAGAGAAAAUUGCGACGCUAUUCUGUCUGCGUCGAUAUUAUUGUCAUGGCAGAUAACUGAAUGGCGUGGCUGGGUUUUUCUACAGCGAGGCGUCUCAACGGUCCUCAGUGCGAUGCAGCCGCUUUGGAAGGAAGAAUCAGAACUGGCACAAUUCGUGGAGAGACAGAGGAGCUUCAGGAGCACUAGAACUCCAGGAUAUCAAAACAAUAUCAAUCAGUUUCACGAUGACGAGCUAGAUCGCUUUGAUCGAACGUAUGCCGUCCUUGCGAAUAUCCAACAACGAAUCGGACACAACCAGGAGCAUUACCAGCGAAUUGCGGAUCUUUUAGGAUUUGUCCAACAACUUCGUCACGAUCUUCCCCUUCAAUCCCCGGAAGAAGCUUUCGGAAGGCUUCAACCUCUUCGAACAUGGCUCUUUUGGUUACCACCAGCGAUGCUUCGUGGCGAGGAGAGCGACCUGGGAGCGCUGGCAGUUCUGGCUCAAUUUUACGCUGUUGCUCUGGCUUUGGAGCCUCUCUUUCCUGCGAUUGGUGGCACUUACCUUGGAUGCAUGUCAGCAGGGCCCAUUGAAGACAUUUACCGCAUUGUCCUAGCACGGAAAGCUGCGCAACCGUUUUCCCCAGAGGUGCAGCUGGCUCUGGCACUGAUGGACUUACCUUUCGACAUUGUCACGACGUACAGAAACAACCUACACAAUCUAGCGAGACCUACGGAUCAUUACUCCCCUGCGCCUCCUAGUCCAUACCACGGUCUCCAAGACUUCUACUCGGCCCCUUUGCCCUCCAACGCCAACCUAUACUCGGCAUAUGCAUCACCUGUCCACACUCCGCCAGCCACUGCGAUGUCCGUUUCACCGUUUCACCUGACGUCUGUCUAUGGAUCCCGCGCACAAGCCCAUGACUUUACCGACCUCCAUUCACAACCCACACAUGAUCGGGCUGGCUUCUCAAGUUAUGAGCGUCUCGAUGCUGUGGAUGACCAUUCGUCUACAUAUUCGCCCACCUACGUGAAUGAUAUCGUUGGUCAUGGUGCAGUAACUUCUGAGGAUUCCGGAGGAUCAUCAAUGGGCGCCUACCAUGGACCAUCUGCAUACAACGUUGCUGCUCAUGAAGUCUGUUGGACGUGAAACUAAAGAAGUCAAUAUGAGUGCCUUCCAGCGAAUGCGCUUCGUUAGAUUUCUCAUACGAUUCCCCAAUUGGCAGAAUACCAGGAU